CACAGUCAAGACAUCUUUCGCGUGUUCCAACUCCGGCUACUGCAAACAUUUCCGCGCAUAGAAUGUAAGAACCGAUUUGGCACGUGCCUAGCUUCUCACGUACGAGUUAAAUUAGAAUCUCUCUAUUCUUCCAUCAGAAUCGUCUCUGAGUCAUCAUCGUUCGUCACCAUGUGGAGAAGAAUCGUCUCCUCCGGUCUCAAAACCCUAGCCUCUGAUCUCGCCGCGGCUUCUCCUCCUUGUCGAUCGAUAGCCGCCACCGCGAGACCCGCUGGCUCCUACCUCGCUGCCAAUCGAUCAGCCAUUUCUGCUUCUUCUUCUUCCGAAUCAGUAGUAGAGACUUCUGUGAAGAAGAAGAAGGUGGAGGAUGUAAUGCCCAUCGCCACUGGACAUGAAAAGGAAGAGCUUGAAGCUGAACUCGAGGGGAGGAGGCUGCUUGACAUCGACUUCCCUGAAGGUCCUUUUGGAACCAAGGAAGCUCCAGCUAUAGUGAAGUCCUACUAUGACAAGCGAAUUGUGGGAUGCCCUGGUGGCGAAGGCGAGGAUGAACACGACGUAGUGUGGUUCUGGCUGGAGAAAGGAAAGUCUUUUGAAUGCCCUGUUUGCACUCAGUACUUCGAGCUGGAAGUGGUUGGUCCUGGUGGGCCUCCGGAUGGUCACGGUGAUGAAGAUCAUGAGCACCACCACUGACUCCGGCCGCGAGUUUUGCUUUCUUUAAAUAUUUUUAGAUUUUUUUUUAUGAUUGGAAUAAGAAUAUAUAUAUAUAUAUAUAUAUAUAUAUAUAUAUAUAUAUAUGCUACUGGUGUAACACAGUUGAAAAUGUUUUUGAACCUUUUAGAACAACACUCGGUGUCGGAAGUUGUCGACAUGCCAAAACUCUUACUUUUGUAAGAAUUUUUGAGUCGGAAUCAUUCUUGCCUUUUUGCUUA